AUGCCGGCGUUUGAUUCAAGGACGUUCCGGCGAGCUACCACAGCGUCGUCCUCACUCGGAGAACGACUCGGAACGAUUUACAGAUCCAGGCUACCAAGGCACCCUUUCCUCCUCUUCGGUCUUCCCUUCAUUACAGUUAUCGUUGCCGCCUCCUUUGUGCUCACUCCGGCCACGGCCUUGCGGUAUGAACGACAUGAUCGGAAAGUCCGCCAGCUCAACCAGGAGGAAGCCAUGACACUGGGCCUGAAGGGCGAGGAUGGCGAGGAAACGAUUAAGCGAAAUCCUCGGAGACAUAUCGUCGGCAGUGAUAGGGAUGAAUACUACAGGCUCAUGGCGAAGGAUCUCGACGACUGGGAACAGACCAGAGUCAAGCGAUUUAAGGGAGAACCAGAUGGGCGAUUAUGA